GUCAAUGCCUGCAUCGUUUACUUUUUUCUCUGCAUCUCGAAAAACUGCAAACUUCCAUACCAGCCAAACAACGAUCUCCAACCACAUACCUACCUCUACCUAAUACCCAUUCACUUGCUAAGCUUGCUAAGCACUUAAUACCUCCAUCACAAUGUCUACCUCUCUCCGCUCCAUCAAGUCGCUGGUCCCGCUCCUGGACCGCGUGCUCGUGCAGCGCAUCAAGGCCGAGGCCAAGACUGCAAGCGGCAUCUUCCUGCCGGAGUCCAGCGUUAAGGAACUGAACGAGGCCAAGGUCCUCGCUGUUGGCCCUGGCGGACUCGACAAGGACGGCAAGCGCACCCCCAUGGGCGUUGCCACUGGCGACCGUGUUUUGAUCCCCCAAUACGGCGGCUCCCCUGUCAAGGUUGGCGAGCAGGAGUACCACCUCUUCCGUGACAGCGAGAUCCUGGCCAAGAUCAACGAGUAAACUUGGAUCAACAUCGAACAUCAGAUACCCAUGAAGUGACGAUCACAAACUCUGUACCAUACUUUGUACACAAGCUCUAUAAACUGUACCAAAAGAAAAUACUGGCGAUAUCCCCUCCAUCUGACAAUUACACCGGGCACUUACUUGUUCAGGCCACUUCAAAUGGAACAGGUGAUGUAUUCAUCUUGAAGCCAGCCCAAGUCCAAUAUUCGCUUGAAUGUCUGCCCCAAAAUUCAUAAGCUUCCGUAUCAACUCACUCACUACCUUGGCCAUCUAAUGCCCCAGUGAUGUUUCCGAUGGAUACAAAGGAGGCAAGGUGGAAUUGAAGCUUUCGAAGCUCAGCCUGGUUUUUCUAUCAUUGUUGUUUGCAUAAGAAGUCAGUGGCGCAGAGUUUUCCCGAGACGGCGUCGACUUCAAACUGGCAUUGUAACUGUCGAUCAGGGGGGAGACAAGCCACGAUCAGAUAUGAUGGCUUCCGAUAUAUUCAGUGGCGCUCAACGACAUAACGCUCACGAUGGUGGACCUCGCCACGCUGAUACUAUUAAUGGUGCACUAAUCUUCAGGACUCGUAUGAGUCCGGAAUACUUGGUAGGUGAUCAGGGAGGCAACAGCUAAUGAUGUCGUGUCCCUGAAUGAAUUAACCUACGAAUCACUUUAAUGAGCCAACCGUUUUAGCGUCUGAGCUUGUGGUCAGCAACGGAAAUGAUCAGUCUACAGAGAUAGGCACAAAGGCUUUAGCGGGAGGAAUUUUUCAGGGGCCAAGAAAGCCUGGACCUAAGCUAAACCUACACCAGUGAAGAGCUAAUAGCUUCUUGACGAUUUAGGAGCUUAGCCGCCGCUAGGCCCAGUGAAAAAUCGAUAACUCUUCAACCAGCUAGGCGACGGAGACACUGAGAGAGAGAGAG